GACUCCGAGCACCCUGCCGUCUCCGACUCCGAGUUCCUCAGGUUAGAUGCUCGUCACAUCACAUCCCCAAGUUCGUUGGUGAUGUAGCGUAAAAUGUCAUCAUCCGUCGAUGAACAUGAACGACUAUACAAAGACUUUUGUGCGACAUGCCUGACAUCUGAAUGCAUUGCAAAUAUCUGGUAGAGGUCGCGAAGUCACUAAGAAACGGAAGCCACCUGGAUGAAAGUGGCGACGCCGAUACUCGAGAACAUCUCCUUCAGACAACGUCUUCUUCAAAUAUCGGCUGGAACAGUGGACCACGACAAAAAGUGCAUCCAAUGCUUCGAUUAUGAUCAAGAUGGGUCCCGGACUCCCGCCGGCAUCAUCGCCUCUGACUUGGGAGGUUUCACAAUUAACUCGUACCGCUGUUGGAGGACGUCUGGUAUGACUCUCAAGGAAGCAAUCCUUGUAACAAUACCAGACAGCGCCUUUCGCAUUGUUCUCGUCACGAUCAGUAAGAUCUCUCAUGUUAUCCACAGAUCACGGUCCUUCAACCUGCUCGUUUUCGCACUACCACACCCGGGACCAAAUUCAAAUGUUCUCGUGCUAACCCAUUCUGUGUACCUCGAUCUAAACUUACCUUCUAGACAGUACCGCAGUAUAUAUCCAGGAGCUGAGUGUUUUUCAGAUGGGGACAUCUAUAAGUUUUGUAAAUGAUCGUGCAACUAUAUGAUCCCCCGUUUUAUCUCCCGGUGCACAGAAUAGCCUUGGAAGCGGCAAAGAUCAACUUGGGGCCUGAAGUUAUUAUAAGCUGUGGAAAAUUACAGUAGUUGGUCAGAUGAUGUACGCUUAUCUUGACACCAGGGGCGA